AUGGGUGCGAGUAAUUCUAACAAUGUCUCUUCGUCUUACGAAGCUCAAUUUCAAGUUCAUGCAGUUGUAGAAGAUUUAUAUAAACAGUUGAGAAAAACGGAUAUGCAGUCGUUUCUUUCGUGGCAAACGUUAAAUAAAAAAAUGAUGGAUAUAUUAGUACCCAUGGCGGCAGUAACGCCAUCACGAUCACUUGCUGGUCCAUCCAUCGGUCUCAUCGGACGUUCGGGCACAGGUAAAAGUACUCUUAUUAAUACGCUUUUAGGGUGUAACGUAGCCAAAGUGGGUGUUGGUGAAGUAACAAAGCAAACCCAGACAUAUAAAGCAAAAGAUUUCUAUAUCUACGAUACGCCGGGACUCGAUGAUAUCAGUACAAAUUUUACUAAAGACAAUAUUAGCUUUUGGAAAGGCCUAAAUAUACGGAUUGUUGUAAUCACCACAUCGGUUACCGAAUUAGCUCAAAUACUUCGUCUAUUCGAUGACAUUGGCUUGAGUUAUGAUAUUGUAGUUAAUAAAAUGGACCUUGUGGAAUUAAAAUCUCAACAGAUUUUUAAGAUCUAUAUAAGAGAUCAGAUCAGAAUUCAUAGGUUAAAAUGUUUGAGAAAUGUUUGGUUUGUCAACGCUUUAAACCCGGCCCAAUAUCCUGAUUGGCAAGAAUUGAUUUCCUAUAUAAUGCCACAAGAAAAACCGUGUGAAAAUAUCAUUGAAGAAACAAAUUCUACAACAUCCGAAAAAGCAUCAACAGGUGAUCAGAUUCGAACACCGUUUCUGUAUUUCCUUUACGAUAAAAGCUUAUGCCAAGAGGAUAAGAAAUAUUUGUCCAAUGCUUUUCUGUCUGAACAACACUGCUUUCUUGAAAUUGCACAUUUCGGUUCGUUUCCACCAAUGGCUUCUCAAGCUUCAUAUUUUAUUACCUAUAUUUCGUCACAACCACCAAGAAUACCUAAAGAUACCAUUGGUAAGAUUUACUAUUUGAACUCCGAAUGCAAGCAAAACGAUUCGUUGCAAUGCGUUACUUGCGUCAAUAGUGUAAAUAAUUUAAUACGCAGACUGUACCAUGAUCUUGCUGUCUUCUAUCGAGAAGAAGCUGUACACAUCCGCGAGAAUGAGGGUGAUCAUCUAUCCAUCGAAAUGCUUCUCUCGAAAUCGAUAACGUGCUACGAGAUGUUCCAAUUAGAAACGAAACGAGCUGUAAUUUGA